AUGUCAGAUGUAUAUAUCAACCCAUCUGCAAAGGUGUGGUUACAUACUUACGAAGCCGGAGUAACCCAGGCCCAGGAAUUCCACCGUCGACUUCCAGGGUAUCAAGAGAGCCCACUCAUAUCUCUGUCCGGUAUAGCAGAGGAAUUUGGGGUGAAAGCAGUGUUUGUGAAGGACGAGAGUAGCCGCUUGGGGCUGCCAGCCUUCAAAAUUCUCGGAGCAUCGUGGGGCACGUUUCGGGCCAUCGCGGCUCAGACUGGUUUGCCCCUGGACACCGAGCUUGAAGAGAUGUCAAAAACUGCGCGGAGCAAAGGCAUCACUCUGUUUGCUGCCACAGAAGGAAACCACGGGCGUGCAGUCGCUCGUAUGGGAAAGAUCCUCAAUAUUCCCACGCGGAUAUUCAUGUCUAAAUUUUCGGAUGACGAGACAGUCCAGAAAAUUGAAGGCGAAGGCGCGCACGUUACUGUCACUACUGGAGACUACGAUGAAGCCGUCGCUACGGCGUCAAAUGAGUCGAUUGCCACACCUAACGGGCUCUUGAUCCAAGACAAUGCGUUCGAGGGUUAUGAGGAAAUUCCUGGAUGGAUUGUCGAGGGAUAUUCGACACUACUUUUCGAAACGGAACGUCAGCUUGCUGCUCAAGGAUUACAAGCAACAGUGCUGGUGACACCCAUAGGAGUGGGCUCUCUUGGUCAUGCAGUCGUUGCAUAUUCCAAGUCUGAAGGAAGAAAAAUAGCAGUUUUGACCGUCGAGCCUGAAACGGCAGCCUGCCUGAAUCAAAACCUACAAGCAGACAAGUGGACGACUAUCGAAACUACUGCAACAAUAAUGAACGGAAUGAAUUGUGGAACGGUAUCCCCAAUAUCAUGGCCAAUACUGAAGCAAGGAGUGGAUGCAAGUGUCACAAUUUCAGAUUUGGAAUGCCAUGAUGCUAUCAUCUAUCUCAGAGCCCUGGGAAUAAAUGCUGGACCAUGUGGAGCUGCAAGCCUAUGUGCUCUGAAAAAAAUGGCUCUCUCGAAAUCAAGCUCAGUGUUGCUUGAUGCGAAUGCAGUUGUGGUUCUUCUAAGCACUGAAGGUGCAAGGGGGUACGGAAUUCCUGUUGCGUUUCCGACUUCAUGA